AUGAAAUCCCCAAUCGCCCUCAUACCGGAACUUCCCCUCCCUGGACUCCUCGCUUAUCCGUCCUUGUCAGGGUUCCUCAAGUUAAUAGAAAUGGAAAAGAAAAUCAUACAGAUCCGAUUAAGCCUGUUUUUUAUUUCUGAGUUUUCGCAAAUUAUUUGUGAUGAACAAGCUACCUCGCCGCACAAACGAGCUCUCUUUGAGGUUGAUACACAUCCUAUUCGUGCUAUGAAAUUUUCUAUCUACCAUGUUGUGCGCGUUAUUGUUCAGUGUAAGGUUGCUUCAGAUCUUCCUAAGAUUGAUGAAGGUCUUGAACGUCUUGCUAAAUUCUUCGCCUUAGAGGUGUUGCGCAUUAUCUCCAUGAUCUACAAUCCAGGUCCACCUGCGACUAAGGAAAUAAAGAAUAAAGAAUCUUGGUUUGUUCACAAAUUUGGUGGAACUUCUAUGGGAAGCUCGCAAAGAAUAAAUAAUGUUGCUGACAUAGUUCUCAAUGAUGAUUAUGAGAGGAGAUUGGUGGUUGUCUCUGUGAUGUCUAAGGUGAAAAAUAUGAUGUAUAAGCUUAUCACUAAGGCUCAAUCAUGUGAUGAGUCUUAUAUAUAUUCCUUGGAUGUUGUUUCAGAGAAGCACAACUCAACUUCACACGACAUACUUGAUAGAGACAAUCUCGCUUUUUUCUUGUCUAAAUUGCAUGAAGACAUCAACAACCUUAAGGCGAUGCUUCGGGCAAUAUACAUAACUGGUCAUGCAACGUAA